AUGACACACGAAAGGGAAGAAAAAGACCAGCUCCUGACGACAAACUGUUGGAUUACACAGAUCUGGACAGACUACCAUCUGAGGUGGAACACCAGUGACUUCGAUGGCAUCGGAGUCAUUAGAAUACCGUAUGAAAGGGUCUGGAGACCCGAUAUCAUACUUUAUAACAAUGCGGACCCCAACUACCGGUCAGCGGUGAUCAAUACCAACGUGAUAGUGAAACACACGGGAGAAGUUACGUGGCUAAGCCAUGGGAUCUAUGUGUCUGUGUGUGACAUCAAUGUCGAGCAAUUCCCGUUCGAUGUCCAGCUCUGCACCAUGAAGUGGGCGUCUUGGACGUAUGAUGGGUUUCAGCUGGAUUUGAAGAAACAAUUUGAUGAAGGGGAUACCACGAACUACCAGACGAACGGAGAAUUUGACCUGGUUAGCUUCGAGGCUAUCCGACAUGACCAAUACUACUCCUGCUGCGUGGAGCCUUACCCAGACAUCACAUACAUCAUCAAGUUGAGAAGAAGACCCAUGUUCUACGUCUUCAACCUUAUUCUUCCCUGUCUCCUUAUUAAUGGAAUCGCACUUCUAGUGUUCUACGUGCCGUCGGAAUCAGGUGAAAAGGUGACGCUGGGUAUAAGUGCACUCCUGUCUAUGACCGUCUUCUUGAUGACUAUAAGAGACACAUUGCCGCCUACAGAGAAAACCCCACUAAUUAUCCUUCGUAGUCGUGGUUGUCGUAUUGAGGUUGCAGGAGGAGUGAGAGGGCAGCCGGUGCCGGCGGUGCUCCGCGAGCUGGUGCUGCAGCGGCUCGCGCGCCUGCUCUUCAUCAACCUUGACACUGACGGUGCAAAGGGUGACGGCGGCACGGUGACAUCAGCUGGGAUGCAGGUGAACCCGCGAACUGGCUCCAGACUGAAGGCGGAGGUGCGCUGCGAUGGAGCCCCAGUCACGACCGCCUCACCGCGCUUCGCUCGCCACAACCACAACCAUUUAGCUUUCACCAAGACCCGUUCGAUAUGA